AUGGACGACGAGUUCGCUCUUGAAGUCCUCCGACUUGCCGAGGGUCAAACGGUCGAAACCUUUGAAGAGGACCUGAAGAACCAAGCACAAAACCUCAAUAUCGACAUUGCCCUGCUGGAAAACGCCUCCAAGACGAAGGACUCGAAAGCGACAUCGAGCUUAACAAGCUCGACACAGCCACGACGAUCCAUCUCUACUGGCUCUCAGGCUUCGCAUUCUACAGACUUCACAGACGCGUCCCGCAUCUCCAGGGACUGUCCUAAUGCCAGGACUCGACAAGUCCGUGGGCGACGCAGUUCCGCCACAUCUACAUCAAUCAAAGAUUACGACUCGAUAGUCAACCACGCUAGAUUCGAUUUCCGCCGCUCAUCCUUCAACUUCGCGACGUCGCCCAUCAUCUCACCAUCUCCUUCGACGUUUUCGCUAUCGUCCGUCUGGUCUCGAUCAAGAGAGUCAUCGCCCAAAAGACACAUUAUCACAAGAGGAUUGAGCAGGCUGAGGUUGAGAAGAACUGACUCGGGAGAUUCGACCAGAGAGAAAGACGAUUGCCCUCAUUGUCCUCAUAGCGGAUCCCGCCAUCGCCGCACGCUGCACACGCUGUCCUGCGGCCACCGCUAUUGCACCCUCGCCCUGCGCAAGAUAAUCAAGGACUCGCUCAAUGAUGCAAACAUACCACCAACAUGUUGCAAACGCCCAAUACCGGGGAGUCUGGUCGCAAGCGUGAUGAGUCAAGAAGAGCAGGAUGUUUUGAUGAACAUGUUGGUUUCUUGGGACGACGAGGCCACCACAUCACCACAGACGAUCCACGAAUCGGAAGUCACAUCACACCCGACGUCGUUCCCGAAGUCACGAUCACAGUCAAGAUCGCCAGUUUGCGGAGCCGAGGAGUUCCACCCCUCGGAGGAGAGGAGAAAUAAUCUGGAAAAGGCAAUGGAGAUACCCGAUUUCAAACACCUAAGACAGGAACAAGAACGGCAACGAGACAGUCUGGUCGCUUGGGCUGGGAGAAAGAGACAAGGCGUCAUCGAUGGAUAUGCAGUGCGCAAGCUACAGCUCCUACCAUACUUCGAUCGCCAAAAGGACCAGCUGGCGGAGAAACAGAGCGCCGCAAUCGCUCGCAUAGAAGACAAGCACGUACUCGAUGAACACGAGAUGCGCGAAGGACAUGAAGUGGAAACACGGAACAAUGCAAUCGCCCUCAAACACAUGGAGGCAUACUGUCGAGGAGAGACAACAAGCGGCGACCGCCAUAACAGACCCAUCACAGAUCGCGACUUGGCCGAACUCACAAAAGCUAGACGAGCACGCGACCAGAUGGACGCGAAACACGACGGCGCUAUCAGCGUGCUCAGAGGCGAGCAAAGCAGGCGCAUCAGCCAACGAUUGGUAAAGCAAGAGGAAGAGCUAGCGGAAUUGGAAGCACGCCAACUCAAGGAGAUUGAAAGUCUACAGCGCGAAUGCGACGACAUGGUGCGCGACUGGGAUGAGGAAAUCCAAAAGAGACGCGCGAAGCUCGAAACUUGGUGGAACAUAGAAACGGAAAUCUGGCGGAGGAAACUUGAGCGAGAUUCUGGCAUUCUUUUCUCUGGAGAAUUGCCGUUGGUCCAGUGGCCACGCGCCGACACCACCGAGAGCAACAAGAAAAGAGAUCCGACCAAGAGACAUACUAUUGCAGUAUCUCCAGCUCCUGGACUACAACCAGGUGGCGAAGGUCGCCUUCGCAGUAUAAGCCCUGCGCGCAAGCAACACCGCAUCAGCACUGCAUUCACCAUUAGAAGUGGCAUGAUUGGCAAAGCAUGA